ACCAAAAAUGAAGGUGAUUGCUGCUUAUUUGCUUGCUGUCCUUGGUGGCAACUUCAAACCUUCUUCCAAUGAUCUGAAGCAUAUCCUUGUAUCAGUUGGAGCCGAUGCAGAUGAUGAGGGGAUUGAUUUGUUACUGUCUCAAGUUAAAGGCAAGGACAUAACUGAGCUCAUUGCUGCUGGAAGGGAGAAGUUUGCUUCUGUUCCUUCUGGCGGUGGUGGUAUUUCAGUGGCUGCACCUGCGGGAGGAGUUGGAGCUGCUGCUACCACUGCUCCUGCUGCUGCAGAGACUAAAAAGGAGGAAAAAGUUGAAGAGAAUGAAGAAUCAGAUGAUGAUAUGGGCUUUAGUUUGUUCGACUAAUGG